AUGAGGCUUGCCGGAGACGUCGCCGGCACUAAGAAAGCCGUCACCGAAAUUCUCCAACUCUGCUUCGAAGCCAAAGAUUGGAAAGCUCUAAAUGACCAAAUUGUCCUUCUGUCUAAAAAACGUGGUCAACUCAAACAGGCUGUAACUGCAAUGGUCCAGCAAGCAAUGCAGUACAUUGACGAGACACCAGAUCUUGAUUCUCGUAUUGAGCUUAUUAAAGCACUUAACAGUGUGUCUGCUGGCAAGAUAUAUGUUGAAAUUGAGAGAGCAAGGUUGAUUAGGAAACUAGCUAAGAUUAAGGAAGAACAAGGGCUUAUAGCUGAAGCUGCAGAUCUGAUGCAAGAAGUUGCGGUGGAAACUUUUGGUGCUAUGGCGAAAACUGAGAAAAUUGCAUUCAUUCUUGAGCAAGUUCGUCUGUGUCUUGAUCGCCAAGACUAUGUUCGUGCACAAAUCCUCUCAAGGAAGAUUAGUACAAGGGUUUUCGAUGCUGAUACCUCGAAGGAGAAGAAGAAACCAAAGGAAGGUGAUGAUGUUGUUGAAGAGGCUCCUGCUGAUAUACCAUCACUGUUGGAGUUAAAGCGGAUCUACUAUGAACUGAUGAUACGGUACUACUCUCAUAACAAUGAUUAUCUUGAAAUUUGCCGUUGCUACAAGGCAAUAUAUGAGAUUCCUUCUGUAAAGGAAAACCCUGCCCAAUGGAUUCCAGUCUUGAGGAAAAUCUGUUGGUACCUGGUACUUGCACCACAUGAUCCAAUGCAGUCAAGCCUUCUGAAUUCCACCUUGGAGGAUAAGAAUCUUUCUGAAAUUCCAAAAUUUAAGUUGCUGUUGAAACAGUUGGUGACGAUGGAAGUCAUCCAAUGGACAUCUCUUUGGAAUACAUUCGUGGAUGAGUUUGAAAAUGAGAAGAACUUACUUGGAGGAUCUUUGGGUGACAAAGCAGCAGAGGAUUUAAAGCAAAGAAUAAUUGAACAUAAUAUCCUUGUUGUUUCUAAGUAUUACUCUAGGAUUACUGUGAAGAGACUAGCAGAAUUAUUGUGUCUCAGCAUCCAGGAAGCUGAGAAGCAUCUUUCGGAUAUGGUUGUGUCUAAAGCUCUGGUGGCAAAGAUUGACAGGCCAAUGGGAAUAGUGUGUUUCCAAGUAGCAAAGGAUAGCAAUGACAUUCUCAACUCAUGGGCAAUGAACUUGGAGAAGCUGCUUGAUCUUGUCGAGAAGAGUUGCCACCAAAUACACAAAGAAACUAUGGUCCACAAAGCUGCUCUAAAAGUUUGA